CUGACCCGCUCCCUCAGGCGGGCGCGGACUGUGGAACUACCCGAAGUGAUUGGGUCCACCAGGUGGCUAUCAGAGAAUGAGUUCCUUCAUUGAAUCUGGUUACAGCCCUAAUCAGCAGGUCCUGGUUGACAGAUAUAAACAGGAGUAUAAGAGUUCAGUUCACACUCAGAGCUGGCUCAGAAUUAGCUGGAUAAUGAAACUGCAGUGUAUACGUUGAUGCCGAUGGUAAUGGCUGAUCAGCACAGGUCUGUUUCGGAGUUGCUGACAAAUUCCAAGUUUGACGUCAAUUACGCUUUUGGUCGUGUCAAGAGAAGCUUAUUGCAUAUAGCGGCAAAUUGUGGCUCUGUUGAAUGCCUUAUUCUACUACUGAAGAAAGGAGCAAAUCCAAAUUACCAGGACAUUUCUGGGUGUACACCCCUUCACUUAGCAGCGAGGAAUGGGCAGAAGAAAUGUAUGGGAAAACUGUUAGAGUAUAGUGCUGAUGUGAAUAUCUGCAACAAUGAAGGACUGACUGCGAUUCAUUGGUUGGCUGUAAAUGGACGCACUGAGCUUCUUCACGACCUGGUGCAACAUGUUACUAAUGUGGAUGUCGAAGAUGCAAUGGGUCAGACUGCUUUACAUGUAGCCUGUCAAAAUGGCCAUAAGACGACAGUUCUUUGCCUUCUUGAAAGUGGUGCAGAUAUCAACCGGCCUAAUGUUUCUGGAGCUACCCCUUUGUACUUUGCUUGCAGUCAUGGUCAAAGGGAUACUGCUCAAAUUCUGAUUUCAAGGGGAGCCAAAUACUUACCUGACAAAAAUGGUGUUACUCCACUGGAUCUCUGUGUACAGGGAGGGUAUGGGGAAACAUGUGAAGUUUUGAUCCAGCACCAUCCCAGACUCUUCCAAACACUGAUUCAGAUGACACAGAAUGAAGAUAUCAAAGAGAACAUGUUGCGGCAAGUUCUUGAGCACCUAUGUCCUCAGAAUGAAAGUCUGUAUCAGAAGAUCCUGACCAGUCUUGCUGAAGUUGCUACAACAAAUGGUCACAAGUUGCUUAGUAUAUCAAGUAACUAUGAAGCUCAGAUGAAGAGUUUGUUGAAAAUAGUGCGUAUAUUCUGUCAUGUAUUUCGCAUCGGCCCAACCUCACCCAGUAACGGAAAUGAUAUGGCUUACAAUGGGAAUAAAACACCAAGAAGCCAAGUCUUCAAGCCUUUAGAACUACUGUGGCAUUCACUGGAUGAGUGGUUAGUUCUUAUUGCUACAGAAUUGAAAAAAAGUAAAGAGGACUCUGAAAUGGAUGCCAAGAACAUCACUUCAAUUUUACUGAAACAAAGAGCCCAAGAACAGCAAGACGUUGUCACUACUCGAGUGUUUAAGACCGUUAGCAAAGAGAUCUUGGAAGACCAACAUGCCAGCUUAGAGAAUGUUGAAGAUGGUGACAACAUGACACAAGAUGCCAGUUCAGAUUGUCUAGAUGUAAUUUCUAUGACAGCAAACCGACUGAGUGCAGUAAUCCAGGCUUUUUAUAUGUGUUGUUCCUGUCAGAUGCCUCAGGGAAUAACAUCACCUCGCUUUAUAGAAUUUGUAUGCAAGCAUGACGAAGUGCUGAAGUGUUUUGUAACAAGAAACCCUAUAAUAAUAUUUGACCACUUUCACUUUCUCCUGGAAUGUCCUGAGCUGAUGUCAAGAUUCAUGCAUAUCAUCAAAGCACAGCCCUUCAAGGAUAGAUGUGAGUGGUUCUAUGAACAUCUUCAUGCUAAUCAUCCUGACUCUGAUAUGGUGCACAGGCCAGUUCAUGAAAAUGAUAUUCUCCUUGUUCACCGAGAUUCAGUUUUCCAGAGCAGCUGUGAAGUUGUGUCAAAAACAAGCUAUGAAAAAUUGAAGCAAGGCGUUGCUGUGCGUUUUCAUGGUGAAGAAGGCAUGGGUCAAGGUGUGGUACGUGAAUGGUUCGACAUCCUUUCCAGUGAGAUAAUUAAUCCAGACUAUGCGCUUUUCACUCAGUCAGCUGAUGGAACCACCUUCCAGCCCAACAGUAAUUCUUCUGUGAAUCCAGAUCACCUAAAUUAUUUUCGGUUUGCAGGGCAAAUUCUAGGUUUGGCACUUUAUCACCGACAGUUGGUUAACAUCUAUUUUACGCGGUCAUUCUACAAACAUAUCCUUGGUAUCCCUGUAAACUACCAAGAUGUAGCCUCCAUUGACCCUGAGUAUGCUAAAAAUCUUCAGUGGAUUCUGGACAAUGAUAUUAGUGACCUUGGCCUAGAACUUACAUUUUCUGUUGAGACUGAUGUAUUUGGUGCAAUGGAAGAGGUGCCUUUGAAACCUGGUGGAAUAAGUAUACUUGUCACCCAGGAAAAUAAGGAUGAAUAUGUCCAGCUUGUUACUGAAUUACGAAUGACUCGUGCUAUUCAGCCUCAGAUAAAUGCAUUUCUUCAAGGCUUCCAUCUAUUCAUUCCACCCUCCCUCAUUCAGCUUUUUGAUGAAUAUGAGCUGGAGUUGUUACUCUCUGGGAUGCCAGAGAUUGACGUGGCUGACUGGAAACGGAAUACUGAAUACACAAGUGGCUAUGAAAAAGAUGACCCAGUUAUACAGUGGUUCUGGGACGUUGUUGAAGCACUAACUCAAGAAGAAUGUGUUUUAUUAUUGCAGUUUGUUACAGGCAGCUCUAGGGUCCCACAUGGUGGCUUCGCAUAUCUCAUGGGUGGCAGUGGAUUGCAGAAAUUCACAAUAGCUGCUGUACCGUACACUUCAAACCUCUUACCAACAUCCAGUACCUGCAUCAACAUGUUAAAAUUGCCAGAAUAUCCCAGCAAAGAGAACCUGAAGGAUCGAAUUCUUGUUGCAUUACACUGUGGGAGCUAUGGUUACACAAUGGCAUAAAGAAGGCUGAAAGUUGAAAAUGGCUCCUGAAGAGACCUUCACUGCUUAAAUGUUUUAAGUAAUGUUUCUGAUUUUGAAGAACUCCCCCUAAAUUCAUAUGCAAAUUUCUGUGGUAGCAAAUCUGUAUAUGCAUGUUAGUACUCGUGUAAAGCAUUAUGCCUGUGUGUGUACUUUAGCAAUCUACGUUUUUUAAAGAUGUUAUGUUUUGGUACAAUUAAUUACGUAUUUGUGAUGAACUGUAGAAAUUUUGCUGCACAUUGCCAAACAUUUGGCGUUAUGAAAUUGAAAGUGCCAUGCCUGCAGGUGUACUCUGUACGCUUUAAUCGGUGGCUGGGGUAUACAAGUUCUAUUGCCAAGCUUCAUGCGUUAAUAAUAGGGAAGGAAAAAUGAGAGAAAGUCAAGAUCUCAUUGUAUUUUUUGUAAGAUAGGUAUCAGACAUUCUAUAUUUUUUGUGAAGAUAUAAAGUUUAGUUUAUUACUCAGACUUCACAAUUUAACAUCAUUGAAAUGAAGGGCAUUGUCAGUCAAAAUUACAGAUUAUAUUGUAUAGUUCACCCUAACAGCCAAAUUACUUUGCAGCAUUUCCUCUGCAAUAUCAGCUAUUUAGUGACUAAAGUUUCAUAUUAUGUAUUUGUACAUUGUGAAAAUUAUGCAUUGUAUAUAUUGCUUGAAGUUCUGUAUAUUUGUAUUUGUAGGAUAUGAUGCACCUGCUCAUGUAUCUUCCUGUUGUGCAUGUCUUUUUUAAACUAUUAAAUUUUUUAAAGAAUUAA